AUGGUGUUCUUGCCGGAUAAAAAGUUCGGCGAACUGGGCACGGUUCCAGACAGCAUUUCGAUUUGUGAGUUCAUGCUCAACGAGAAGUAUGGACGAAUGGCCCACGACAAGUCGCGGGACCCUUACACCUGCGGGUUGACCGGAAAGUCGUAUUCCUCACGAGAAAUUGUCUCCCGUGUAGACCAGAUCGCCCGUGGCCUCGCAGCAGAAUUCGGCUGGAAGCCAAAUCAGGGAUCGGAAUGGGACAAGACAAUUGCCGUUUUUGCCCUCAACACGAUAGAUUCUUUGCCUUUCUUCUGGGCCACGCAUCGACUUGGUGGUGUCGUGUCUCCGGCGAAUGCAUCCUACUCUGCCGCUGAGCUGAAACACCAGAUCGUGGACUCCAAGGCUAAAGCUCUCUUUACUUGCGUCCCGCUGCUUCCCGUCGCAUUGGAUGCGGCCGCUCAGGCCGGUCUUCCUCGGAGCAAGAUCUAUCUGAUCGAUGUACCGGAUACGAUUCUUGGCGGCGCAAAGCCACCUACCGAGUACAAGACCGUCAAUCAAAUAGCCGAAGCUGGAAAAUCUCUUCCACCGUUGGAGGCGUUGAACUGGGGUCCUGGAGAGGGAGCGCGUCGAACCGCUUUCUUGUGCUACUCGAGUGGCACAUCUGGCUUGCCGAAAGGAGUCAUGAUAUCUCACCGCAAUGUUAUCGCCAAUACCAUGCAAAUCGCCCUCUUCGAAAGGAGUCACCGAGCCUCAUCCAAUAGCUCCACUGAAGUCACGCUGGGUCUUUUGCCGCAGAGUCAUAUCUAUGCCCUGGUCGUGAUCUGCCAUUCGGGUCCGUACCGAGGAGACCAGAUUAUCAUUCUUCCCAAAUUUGAGCUCAAAUCUUACUUGACGGCCAUCCAAAAAUUCAAGAUUUCAUGUCUCAUGCUGGUUCCCCCGAUUAUUAUCAACAUGUUGCGCUUGCAAGAUGAAUGUUCCAAGUAUGAUUUGAGCUCCGUGAAAUCCCUAUUCACAGGAGCUGCACCCCUUGGAAUGGAGACUGCGGCCGAUUUUCUGAAGGUCUAUCCCAAAGUGCUCAUUCGUCAAGGAUACGGCCUCACGGAAACUUCCACUGUUGUCAGCUCGACCCAUCCCGAUGAUAUACUGCUCGGCUCUUCGGGAUGCCUAGUCCCAGGCUUCGAGGCACGCAUCAUGUCAGCGGAAGGCGAAGAGAUCACAGCUUACAAUACCCCGGGUGAGCUGGUGGUCCGAUCACCCAGUGUGGUGCUAGGCUACUUGAAUAACGACAAGGCUACCAAAGAGACCUUCGAGGAUGGUUGGAUGCGCACUGGAGACGAGGCCGUGAUCAAAAUUGGUCCCAAGGGCACCGAGCAUUUGUUCAUUGUGGAUCGCAUCAAGGAAUUGAUCAAGGUCAAGGGUCUCCAAGUUGCACCAGCUGAGUUGGAAGCUCACCUGCUGACUCACCCCGCUGUGUCUGACUGUGCCGUAAUUGCCAUUCCCGACGAUGCCGCUGGUGAGGUCCCCAAGGCUAUUGUCGUCAAGUCAGCCUCUGCAGGUCCAGAUGAAGAAGUUGUACAGUCUAUCAAGAAGUUUGUUGAGGACCAUAAGGCCCGGCACAAGUGGCUCAAGGGUGGUGUGAGAUUUAUUGAUGUCAUUCCCAAGAGCCCAAGUGGCAAGAUUCUACGUCGCCUGCUGCGGGACCAGGAGAAGGAGGCUCGGAGAAAGGCCGGGGCGAAGAUUUAA